UUAACACAAAACAAUGUUAAUAUAUUCAUUUCUUCUUUGUCUUGCACACAUUUCUGCGUGUACGUGUGCAAUUGAUUUCUCAUUGGACAUUCCUUUCUCUCAUUUCAAAUAAAAGGGUUCAACAAUGAACACAAUCAGAGCUCUUGGAUAUGUCAUACAGUUGUUUUUUUUUUACUAUCUAUCUAUCUUCUCCUGUUCUUCGUGGCUGACACUGGACUGAAACAUUAAAUUCUUCGUUCUGCAAAUGCCUUGUUUAUGUUUUGUGCACAUGGACUUUGUUUAAUUAUGCAUAGAAAGCAUAGCAGCAAAUAACGGAUGCAUCCUGUGCUAUAAAUCUGUAACUGUGACAGUAAUUAUUCAGACAAGUUUAACAGGCAGGCAGACAGGCACCAGCAUGAGCUGCCUCAUACACUUCACCUGCAGUAAGAGAGGAAAAAUACACAUCCCCAUAGGGACAGGAGAACAACACACACACACACACACAUUCAUUCUUUCUUAUAUGAUAACAAUUCAGGUUAUUAACAGCCACAUUAUUUCGGGAUGACAGACAGCAGGAAACAGAUAUUCAAUGUUGAGUCUCUCUCGAGUUAUUUUUAUGCAGUCUCAGUCUGCCUUGGAGUGCAAAUGGACCAGAUGAUCUGAGCGUACUGAUGUGCACUUCUCCAAGACGUCGGAGGUGGGAGCUGUGCGCAGGACGACUCCAGAUUUGAAACCAGCCUCAAAUAACGCGUGGUACACUUAGAAAAAAAAAAAAAAAAAAAAAAAAAAACUCUGCCACAAGACAGAGAGAGGGACACAUGCGAAUAAAAAGAGACCACAGCAGAGAUCAAAUCAACACAGACCCGAGAACUUGUCGAGCUAUUUUUAAAGCGAGAAGGAGACGAGAAAGACAAGUGCCGGAGCUUCGGCUGGGUAAAGUGACAGGAUGCUUUCUGAUGUCCUAUGUUUGGAUGAUUGGGGAGAGGGCAGAGGGCAUUUGGAGUCAUACCUGUGAGGCCGUCUGCAGGGAAAUGCGCUGACAUCAGAGCUUUGCAUUUUAAACCGGCGGAUAGAGGAGGAUGAGGAGGAUGCUGCAGUGACGAAACAGAAGAAGCUGGGUUUGCAUAGAUCGUAUCAGGCUGUCAGUGUGGAGUAGUGCUGGAGGCUGCGGGGCGGCUGUGUGCUGUGAGAAGUUCCUGAGAGUGCAGAGAGGCAGAGUGGCAGUCACUCACAGAGACACACUUGUACAGAGAGAUCCGACUGGCGCUCUUUCACGGAAGGAUAUAAAAACGCAGUCUCACACCUCCGCCCCUUUGCACGGGCGUGUUCGCUGUGGCAGCGCCUCAGGGAUUUGAAGGAGGUGGGUGACUUGGGAGUUGGCGCUAACGUGAUGGUGGUGGUGUCGCUGCCUCAGGAGUGGGCCUGGCAGGCUAUUCUCCUGGUGACUGGACUGGCAUCAUUGAGCCGUGGGUCUCAUGCUAACAUGUUGGACACCAUGCUGCUAAAGAACGGAUGGAAGGGUGGAUCGGAGCGAAGGGCGGACGAGAGCAGCAGCACAGCCACAGUUUCAGCUCAGAACAUGCUUUGGUGUCACUGCUACCACCAUUGCCCCGAAGACUCAGUCAACAAUACUUGCAUGACUGACGGUUAUUGCUUCACCAUGGUGGAGGAGGAGGAGGGGGGUCUGGUAGUACUCACUGCAGGUUGUUUGGGUCUUGCAGGCUCCGAGUUCCAGUGCAGAGACACAUGGAACGCACGUUCGAGGAGAGCUCUCGAGUGUUGCACAGAUCAGGAUUAUUGCAACAGAGACUUACAUCCUACUCUGCCUCCCCUCAUGACGUCGGAUUAUGUUGACAGCAGUAUCCAGUACAUGGCUCUCUUCAUUUCAAUCACAGUCUGCAGUAUCAUCCUCGGUCUCAUCCUCGUCUUCUGCUACUUCAGAUAUAAGCGGCAAGAGUCACGGCCACGCUACAGUAUCGAUCUGGAGCAGGAGGAGACCUAUAUUCCCCCUGGGGAGUCCCUGAAGGACCUGAUAGAACAUUCCCGCAGCAUCGGGUCUGGCUCUGGAUCAGGUCUCCCUCUACUGGUACAACGCACAAUCGCCAAGCAGAUUCAGAUGGUGAAGCAGAUUGGAAAAGGGCGAUAUGGAGAGGUCUGGAUGGGCAAGUGGAGAGGAGAGAGAGUGGCUGUUAAAGUCUUCUUCACCACGGAGGAAGAGAGCUGGUUCAGAGAGACUGAAAUAUAUCAGACCUUCCUAAUGAGACAUGACAAUAUACUGGGAUUCAUAGCAGCAGAUAUUAAAGGAACCGGCUCUUGGACUCAGCUCUACCUAAUCACAGACUACCAUGAGAAUGGAUCAUUAUAUGACUACCUCAAGUCCAACACCUUAGACGUCAAGGCUCUACUAAAACUGGCCUACUCCUCCAUAUCAGGCCUCUGCCACCUGCACACUGAGAUCUAUGGCACACAGGGCAAACCAGCCAUCGCACACAGAGACCUAAAGAGCAAAAACAUCUUGGUCAAAAAGAAUGGAGCCUGCUGUAUAGCAGACCUUGGACUUGCUGUCAAGUUCAACAGUGACACCAAUGAAGUAGAUAUCCCGCCGAACCUACGAGUUGGUACAAAGCGCUACAUGCCGCCAGAAGUGUUGGAUGAGACACUGAACAGGAGCUACUUCCAGUCAUUUAUAAUGGCCGACAUGUAUAGUUUUGGCCUCAUUGUCUGGGAGAUGGCCAGACGCUGCAUCUCUGGAGGCAUCGUGGAGGAGUACCAGCUGCCCUACCAUGACCUUGUGCCUACUGAUCCUUCCUAUGAGGACAUGAGAGAAGUCGUCUGCAUUAAGAAACAAAGACCCUCAUUUGCUAAUCGCUGGAGCAGUGAUGAGUGUCUGCGGCAGAUGGGAAAACUGAUGUCGGAGUGCUGGGCUCACAACCCGGCCUCUCGCCUGACAGCCCUGAGGGUGAAGAAGACCCUGGCAAAGAUGUUAGAGUCCCAAGACAUCAAACUGUGACAGAGAGUCAAGCGAGACACUCUCAUCAGCAGAGACUUGUCACUGCCAUUGGCAUGGCGCCACUUACACUGGCCGAUAGAAGAAAGGGAAAAAAAAGAGACUGUGAAUGAUAGGACAAAGAAAACUGACAGGGAGGAUGAGUGAUGGAGAUAAUGGUCGAUGGUGAGCCAGAAAAAUGAGAGGCAAAAAGAUUUAUGUCAGGGGAGAGCUAGCUGCCCUCCCAUUGUCUGAGCCACCUCUGCCUCAGAAGAAGUGCUCAGGUUGUGCUUUCUGUGAAAGCUGCGUGGUUGUCGGGUCCAGGCUGUCCAGGUGGGCAGGCGGACAGGGACCCUCUGCUCUGCCCCUUUUAAGCCAUAUAGCAGUAUUCUAUGUGCAGUCUUUUGUACUGUUGCAGCUGCAUUCAUGUUCUUUUUUUUUGACUCAGUCACUGUCGACUCUAUCCAUAGUGACUGUCAUCCAUCCAAAGAAAUGUCUAAUUCAUGCUCAGUGACCUCAUUGUCAAUGACUAUUAUUAUUAUUGUUAUUAUUGUUAUUAUUAUUAGACGAGUAAUACUAAAUUAAUUAAAAAAAACAUAUGUCCAGCAGAAACAGAUAACAGAUUUUUCUAUAUAAUAUUCCUAUGUACAUUUUAUUUCAAUAUUAAAAGAUGACCUCUGGGUAAAACACUUAUGUCAUUGAUGAAUUUGUUAACUUUCCUUCUGCCCUUGUUCGCCCUCACUGUCUUUACUUUCCA